UCUCUCUCUCUCUGUGCAACUCUGCAAGCCUUUCGCCGUCUUCUACGUCCACUUGGAUUCUCUCUCUCUCUCUCUCUCAGCCACAAACUCUUAAAAGCUCUCACUUUUGGAAACAGUUAUUCUGAUUCACUAUCAAAUUUCACCUUCUUAAUGCAUAUGGAUCAGCAAAGUUUGACCGGCUCGAGGAUCUCAGAGUUUCCGAAGAAUCAUAUGGGAGUUCUUUCAUGUUGAAAAUCGGGAACUGAGGUCUUUGAGCUCGUCUGCAAGUUACAUGGCUUUCCCAUGUUUUUAAGUGAAAAUUAACGGUGUUUGUACGAGCUUUUUGAUUAAACGAUCUGCUUGUUUUCUGGGGUUGCUAUUUAAUGAUUAGAAAGUGGAAAAGAUCCGAGUUUUUAAACUUAAUUUGGAGGGUUUUUGUAUCACUGGAGCCAUUAAAGAAUUGGUUUGACUGAUACUUUAUACUUAAUUAAAUUGUGUAAUUUUAUAUAAUUAUAUGUGCCUCCCCUGACAAAGACUUUAGUAUUAAAAGAAAGAUUUUAUUCUGUAAAUUAUGACUGUUAAAGACUUAAAAGCAGUGCCAGUUCCGUUUCCUUUACUCCCCCUAUAAGUUCAGCUGGGAUUGUAUUACAGUGGCGUUUUUGGACAGGCUUGUGUCUUAAGACCUUGUUGGAUUUCUAUAUAUGUUUGAGUUUUUUGAACCGUGAAUUGAGAGUUAAAAGUAGUGUGUGGAUGCUACCAAAAAUGGCCAAGUGCUUGAAUCUGGGGCAUUUCUGAGGAGCAAUCAGUGCUUCCACCUUCCCAUGAUGCCUCUGUCCGAGCUGUAUCGAAUGGCCAAAGGGAAGCUUGAUUCUAUUCGAGAGAAGAACACCACAUGUUCAACUGAUCUAUCUUUUCUACCUGAGGAUGACCUUUUUGAGCUGGUGUGGGAAAAUGGUCAGAUUUUGAAACAAGGUCAGUCCAGUAGACCUAGAAAGAGCCCAACUACUAACAGCUUACCAUCUCACACCCCUAAGACAAGAGAUAAAGAUAUAGGAAAUGGCACCAGUUCAAAGAUGGGAAAGUUUGGGGGAAUGGACUCUGUAUUGGAUGAAAUCCCAAUGUCGGUGCCAUCAGGUGAAAUGGAUUUGAGUCAAGAUGAUGACAUGAUGCCUUGGUUGAAUUAUCCAAUUGAUGAAUCUUUGCAACAUGAGUAUUGUUCUGAGUUCUUGCCUGAAUUAUCUGGGGUGACUGUAAAUGAACUAUCCGCCCAGAAUAAUUUGGCAUCUAUUGACAAAAGUAGUAGUUGUAAUAUGGUGUAUAGGGAUUGCCAUACUGAUUUUGUAAAUGAUGGUUUGAGUUUAAGACAUGGAGAUGUGUCAAAGGUUUCUUCAGUCGUUGGUGUUGAGGCCACAAGACCUAGAAACAGUAGUUUUCCCUUAUACCCAUCGUCUUCACAGCAAUGCCAAACAUCGUUGCCAACCAUUAGAUCAAGGGUUUCGGAUGUCACUGGCAAUAAUAUGAGCACUGUAAUGCACCAUGCUGUUUGUGGGGAUUCAACACGGGUUGCAUCCACUGCUGGUGGAUUUCCUAGCAUAAAGAUGCAGAAGAAAGACCCAAUGCCGCCUAGCAAUAACCCCAAUCUGAUGAAUUUCUCUCAUUUCUCACGACCUGCUGCUCUUGUGAAAGCUAAUCUUGAGAACAUUGGCCUAAUGGCUACUUCAGGUUUAUCAAGCAUGGAAAGGAUGGCAAGUAAGGAGAAAGGUUCUGCUGCAAGUAGUGAAAAUCCUCCUCAAUCAACACUUAUCAAUUCAAGUAGUGGUUUACGGAAAGAAUCAAGUUCCCAUUGCCAACCAGUUGCAGUGCCAUUGAAGGUUGAUUUAAAAUCGUUGGGGGAGAAGCCUAUUGAGGAACCAAUUGCCACUGAACAAUCUGAGGCUGUUUGUCAAGGGGAUGCCUCUAAGAAUGACAAAAGCUUUAAUCAAGUCCGUGGUGAAAGUGCAACUAAAGGACUGCCAGAUGGUGAGAAGCCCAUAGAGCCUGUAGUUGCUUCUUCUUCUGUUUGCUCGGGCAAUAGUGUGGAGAGAGCUUCGGAUGAUCCAACACAUAGUUUGAAGAGAAAAUGUCGUGACACUGAAGAAUCCGAAUGCCAUAGUGAAGAUGUUGAGGAGGAAUCAAUGGGUACAAAAAAAGCAGCUCCUGCCCGAGGGGGUGUGGGUUCUAAGAGAAGCCGAGCGGCAGAAGUGCAUAACUUAUCUGAAAGGAGGCGAAGAGAUAGGAUCAAUGAGAAGAUGCGUGCAUUACAAGAACUCAUACCAAACUGCAAUAAGGUGGACAAAGCUUCAAUGCUCGAUGAGGCCAUCGAGUAUCUUAAGACGCUUCAACUUCAAGUGCAAAUAAUGUCCAUGGGAGCUGGUUUUUAUAUGUCACCAAUGAUGCUACCGACAGGAAUGCAACACAUGAGUGCACCUCACAUGGCCCAUUUCUCUCCAAUGGGUGUUGGAAUGGGAAUGGGACUGGGAAUGGGUUAUGGGAUGGGUAUGCCUGACAUGAAUGGUGGAUCUUCAGGUUACCCUAUGAUUCAUGUGCCCCACAUACAAGGAGCACAUUUCCCUGGGCCGCCUAUAUCAGGACACACUGCUUUGCAUGGGAUGGCAGGAUCUAACCUUCAGAUGUUUGGGCUUCCUGGUCAAGGACUUGUCAUGUCGAUGCCACGUGCACCCUUAAUUCCUUUGUCGGGAGGGUCUCUUAUGAAGUCAGCCACGGGACUGAAUGCCUGUGGAGUGGUAGGUCCUUUGGAAAAUAUGGAUUCAGCUCCAGCAUCUAGCUCCAAGGAUCCGAUGCAGAAUGUCAAUUCUCAAGUGAUGCAGAGCACUGGUGCCAAUAGCUCAAUGUGUGAAACAUCGAGUCAGUGUCCAGCAACAAAUGCAGGAUUUGAGCGGUCCUCUUUGGUGAAAAGUAAUCGUCCAGCCUCAGAUGCUACUGGCAAUGCAGCUAUCAACCCUGCAAACGGAAAUGACCUUGUGCCUAGUAGACCAGCUUGCUACGAUUGACAAACGGUACUGAUGAUCUUUGUGAUUGAAGAGAAAUCUGUGAUGGCCUUUUGAGAUUGAACGUAUUGUUUCAUGCUUCUUCAUACUCUUGGCAAUUUCAAUUGAGGAACUAGGAAAGCUAAAUAACAAUCUAUAUUCUAAUUUAAGAAUAGUACAAUUAUAAAUUGCACAGAUUUUGGUACCUUGGGGAGAUUCAAAAUCUUUUUCUUGCAGUUGUACAUUCAAAUAGUGACCUAUGCAGUCAAUGCAAUGUCUAAGAGUUAACUAUCUCGGAAAUAUGUAUUCAAAAUGUGUUUCAGACCUUUCACAAUAAUUCUUUGAAUUAAUGAAAUGAUAGUUAUAUUCCAAUAA